UCCCCUACUCCAUCAGUCUGCUGAAGAAGAGUCUCAACCCAAAAUGUCAUCAAUCCAUUCCCUCCACAGAUGGUAUUUAUCGUCUGCCAAAUGGUUUGGGAUGUCUUUAAAUGAAAUGACCUGUAGGAGCUCUAAGUAUUUUUUCAGUUUUUUGAAUAACUUUCAAUGAAUCUAUGGAGAUGAAAUAAUAGUUCUAAAGUGCCAUUUAAUUCAUUCCAUAUUUUGUUCUUUUCUCUGUUGUCCAUCUUCUGAUUUGAAAUAUAAAACGUCAAACUUGUGUAAUAUCCCCCAUCACCAUCCACAGAUGUCUUUCACUGUAGAAAAGGAUUAGCAUUUCAGGACUGUGUUCUUUAGCCAAUGAAGUAUUUUUCAAGUUUCAAUGUAAUGUUGGCAAUGUGGCAAGAAGUGUGCACAUGGCAAGCUUCCACAAACGUGAUCAUUAUCAGGCAUUCUAUUUUAUUUACUGAAGAUAGACACAAAAUGCCAGGAGUAACUCAGCGGGACAGCAGCAUCUCUGGAGAGAAGGAAUGGGUGACGUUUCGGGUCGAGACCCUUGUUUUGUAUAUUGUUGUUCGAGGGGUAAAUAAAGGCCUAGGCACCGCGGAGAAAUAUUCUGGUUUGUGUAAUAAUUCCAAAGGAUUGUUUUAGCUACCUGAAAGUGCAGAUGAAAUAUUGGUAUAUUAGCCCCUUCAGUGUAGCAGCACUGCACCCCCUCAGCACUUUAUUGGGUACGUCAGCCUGAACUGUGUGCACAAGCCCCUGGAGUGUGGCAUGAACUCGCAGCCUUCCGAAACAAAAACAGAAAUUAUGUCUCGGGUCAGUGAUCUUUCAUCAGAACUGGAUUUCCGUUCCCUUCUUCUCACCUCAAACUUCAACUUUAUCCAGUUCUUUAGAAAAAUCACAGCUCUGGAGUGUAUUUCCCUUCUCUGCCAGACCUGCCCUUUUCCAGCAUUUUCUGUUUUUAUUUCAGAUAUUUAACUUGUAUUUUAAAAACAAUGUAUUAAAUUAUCGUGAAUGUUCAGUCAUUUACCUGCUUGACAAAUGUAAACAUGCAUGCGGUGUUUUAUUUAUUUAUUUCCCCCCCAUCACUGUAUGUAUGAUAUGCGUGUGUGUAUGAUAUAUAUUUGUGUGUGUGUGUGUGUAUAUGUAUGAGAUAUGUGUGUGUGUGUGUCUUUCUCUGUCACAUAAUCCAAAGCUUUAUUCCCCAGUGAAUUUGACAGGUAGUAGAAUGGCUAGGAUAAAAACAGGCCUAGUCAUGAUUUUGCCUCCAAAGGACAGACUGUCUUCGGAUGAAGAGCCCUCACCUGCUGCUCGUCCUCCAGGAAAACUCGGAGCAUUGUGAAGCAAGGACAUUUUCGGCCCAUUUGGUUCUUGCUGAUAGGUAUUUAUGUCCUCAGGUUUGUGCGUCUGUUAAAACUGGUUUUUGCAGAUGAAAUAUUUUCAAGCAAGCGUGUCAUUGACAGAUAGCAGAGCGGGUGCUGCUUGACUGAAACGUGAACGGUAAGAUUCUUUUUUCUUCAGUGUUGGCAAACGGGCGUUUGUUUACAAUUUGUUAACCAUGCAGUAUUAUGGUGAAGAUCCGAGUUAACUUUUCUCAAAGUACUUGCUACAUAUGCAAAGAGAAACGUUUAAAUUUUAAAUAUAUACUACGUUAAGAUAUCUUUCAUAAUUUUAUGUCAUUGAUAAUGUUUACUUUUAUAAAUAUCACUUUCAGGUUGCCUAGUGUGGUAAGUAUGCUAUUUUUGUAAUUGGUUCUAUUUCUGUACCAUUGACCAGUGUCUUCACCUUGCAGGUACGAUUGCCGGGGUCAUUUACACGACCUCUCAGAAUGUGAUGCUGAGUACACCUGGAACAGAGAUUACCAGUUGUCAGAAGAAGAAGCGAGGAUCGAUGCUCUUUGCGAUGAAGAGAGAGGAGGAAUAUAGACGUCUGAGUGAGGCACUGGCAGAGGAUGGCAUCUACAAUGCAGUCGGGUUUGCUUACAAAAGUGAUUACUAUGACCCAUCUCAGCCCACAGAGGAAGAGGAGCUUGCUAAAUCAGAAGCAGCUGCGAUGGAAGAAAAUGCGGAAGAGAAUGAGGAGCCAUACACUGCUCCCAGUGGGCUGCUUGUGCCUUCUGAUGUCGAAGUUCCCGCAACAUCCAAAAUGCACGCCAUCAUUGAACGCACAGCAAAAUUUGUCUGUAAGCAGGGAACACCAUUUGAGAUCAUGCUUAAGGCUAAGCAAGCCCGGAAUUCUCAAUUUGACUUUCUGUGCUUUGAUCACUACCUGAAUCCAUAUUAUAAGCACAUUCUCAAGACCAUGAAAGAAGGGAAAUAUAUCGCUCAAACGGAAAAGAAAAUAGAUGAGAAAAGGAAAUCUGUAACCGAAUCUGGUGAAGAAGAUGAUGAUGACAACGAUGGUUCUUACCUCCAUCCGAGUCUUUUUGCUACUAAAAGUAACUCCAGAUUGGAAGAGCUAACAAGGCCUCUGAAAGUGAUGGAUCCAGACCAUCCGCUCGCCGCUUUAGUGCGGAAGGUACAAGCAGAAGUCAAAAGGGAGCAAAUGCUGCGAGAAGCCAACAACGCCGAAGCUGUAGUAACAACAACAACAACAGCAACAACAGCAGCAACAACAGCAGCAACAACAACAACAACAACUGGAGAAUGCACUGCAGAUUCAUCGGUGUCAACCAUGUAUUAUGGAUAUUACAUGAUGCCUGAUGGUACCUACUGCCUCACGCCGCCGCCUCCUGGGAUGGAGGUUGCUGGUUAUUACGGUAGCGUGCCCUCAGAGGCAGCGACAUCUACUGCAACAGGGACUGUGGCGACGGCAGCAUCUGACACCACAUCUCCACCACCCCCGGAAGGGGACGGCAGCAAUAGCCAGGGAGCCUCUACCACAACCACAGUCAGUGCUACAACUGUGGUUCCUGUUAUCAUUCCUCCUCCUCCCGAUAUCCAACCAGUUAUUGACAAGCUGGCAGAAUAUGUAGCCAGAAAUGGAACCAAAUUUGAAACCAGUGUGAGAGACAAGAAUGAUACACGGUUUGAGUUUCUGCAGCCUUGGCACCAAUACAAUGCGUAUUAUGAGUUCAAGAAACAAUACUUCGCUCAAAAAGAAGGUUACAGUAUUCAACAGGACACGGCAGCAUCAAGUACUGUCACUGUUUGUUCCGACACCAAUACUUCAGAUGCAAUGCAAUUUGAAGUACAGCAGGAGGUGACGAGCACAAGUUUUUCCAAUGCCAUGAUAAUGCAAACAGACUGCGUCAGUUCUAUAGAUAAAGCCAUGAACGAUGGAAAACUUAUAAAAGCAUCUUUUGCACCAAUAAGCUUUGCAAUUAAGGCGAAAGAAAACGACAUGCUCCCUCUGGAGAAAAAGCGAGUAAAACUGGAUGAUGACAGUGAUGAGGAGCAAGAUGCACAGGACCCCACCAGCAGUGAUGCAAACAAAGACCUACCUACCUCCCUUCCUCCAGAGGAGAAGAAACCUCAGCUGACAGCAGAGGAAAUUGAGGCUAAACACGCCAAGCAGAGGCUGGAGGACAGGCUGGCAGCAGCUGCACGGGAGAAGCUUGCACAGGCUUCAAAAGAAUGCAAAGAAAGGCAGCUGCAGGCAGAGCGCAAGAAGAGAGCUGCCCUUUUCCUGCAGACCCUGAAAACUCCCAUGCCUUCUGGAGAACUGGAAACUACAGUCACUGACGAUUCCUCCCACAACAUGCAGGUCACUAGUGAGAUUUCGUAUAACGUUCCAGCUAUGGAAGUGAAGAAAUUCCGUCGUGUCUCAAUAAAAAAUGCAAGGAUUUCAAAAGAGAAAGAGAAGAAGGAGAAGGAAAAGGAAAAGGAGAAGGAGAAGGAGAAAGAAAAGGAAAAGGAAAGGGAGAAGGAGAAGGAGAAAGAAAAGGAAAAGGAGAAAGAAAAGGAAAAGGAGAAAGAGAAGGAGAAAGAAAAGGAGAAGGAAAGGGAGAAGGAGAAAGAAAAGAAGAAAGAGAAGAAGCACAGGAAGAAAUCGCGGUCAAGGUCACAGUCGCGGCCCAGAUAUCGCCUGAGGUCCAGGUCGAGGUCACGGUCAAAAGCAAAACAUUCUCUGCCUAGUGCCUACAGAAGCGUCAGACAUUCAAGAUCAAGAUCGCCUCAUGGGCGAAGAGUUCAGUCAUCAGAAAGACGGCGCGAGGAGAGGGAUAGAGACCGAAACGUCCCUACAGCUUAUCGAGUCGGUAACAGCUCAGAUAUAGGUGCCAGAAAGCGAUCAAGGUCUCCAUAUGAGAAGAAGAAGAAAAAGAGUUCAAAAUCUCAUCCGAAGUUAAAAGAAAAACCUUUACGUUCGCGUUCGAGGUCUUUAUCACCAAAAAAAUCCAGCAUGAAGUCUUCAACAAGAAGUUCUGCACAUUCGACUAGUUUGUCACCAGCAGAAAGCAGAGAUUCCAGUCAGGAUCAUUCAAGGAUAACUUCAUUUGAAGAAUGGAGAAGACCUUGCCAAAGGGGUGGCUCACAGGAAAAGGAUGAAACAGUAUCGGCAGAACUUCUAACAGUGCAGAGUAAAAUAACUCAGGAUCUCAUGGCCAAAGUGAGAGCAAUGUUGGCUGCGUCAAAAGAUGUAUAAAUUGAAAAUUUUUGGAGGAAAAAAGUACCAGUGGGCACAGCAUCAGCGCGAGGAUCCUCAGUGGCUUCACAAGAAACGCGAGCUGCCUUGUUGCAACAACUAAUUUAUUUAGACAAUUUGGGCAGCAUUCCACUUUGGCAUAAACUUUUGUACGGCUCCUUUUGAUAAGUACAGUUUGAACCAAGAUCUUAAAUCUGUUCUGUUGGUGUUUUGCAAUUUCCUCUCCUGUUCUUGAACACAACAAAAUAUGCUUCUAGGGUAUCUGAGUACCACCACGUCUGAAAAUUUGUGGCUGCCCUUUGAGCAUUAAAUCUCGCUGCCUAUAAUCACUUGUGACAACCAGACAGGAGCUUGGAUUAUCCUUCUGUGAAGGAGUUCUACUAUUUGAUUUCUCAAAGAUGAGGUAACAUCCCAUUUUGUAAAUUGAAGGAGUUCUCUUGACGGCGGUCUUGGAUAACGGCUGGUUGGUUAGUGGGGUUUAUCCUUGGAGCGCUGUGUGCAUAUGAGUCUAGGAAGAUGCAUGGUUGUGCAGCAAAACACACCCUCAGCGUUGCACACCAUGUCCUGCGUACCGGCCACUUGCAGAAGUAUUUGCAUUGAUUUAAAUCGCUACUAACAAAUUUACUUUGAUUUCAUACCCAGAAAAACUAUGUGAGUGGACUGUGGUAACACUUUAAACUACAGAUGCAAACUAUUGAAAUAUUAAAGAUAAUUUAUUUGUUUA